UUAACAACGUCAGCCACACCGUGGGAGCCGCUCAGUGUCCGCUGCACGUGGGAGACGCAAACUGUCCGUCAUGGCGGGCUCGUUCUCUCAGGAGCUCGAGGAGCUGUUGAACCCGCAGCCUAAGUUCGCGGAUCCAGAGGACGACGCCGACGAGGCGACCAAAGCCCGCGUGAUCGAGAGGUUGAGCGAAGACGACGAGGACGAUGGCGGGGUGGGACUCAGCGCUCUCCGGAAACGCAACUCAGCUGCGCUCCUGGACACAGACAGGAGGUAUGCGGGGAAGCCGGUGUCCCGCCAGCAGCUGCUCAUGGACGUUGGAGAAUCAGAGGAGGAAGAGGAGGAUGAUGAUGAUGAUGAUGAUGAGGAGGAGGAGGAAGGUGACAUGGAAGAAGAAGAUGAUGAUGAUGAUGAUGAUGUAAUAGUAGUAGAGGAGGAGGAGGAGGAUGAUGAAGAGGAGGAGGAGAGAGAUUUGAAACUAGAUGCUAAAGUGACAUCCCAGGCGAAGGAUGCUGACAUCACCUUUCCUGACAAAGUGGACUUUUACAAAAUGACAGAGGGCAUGGACGACCUGGGGAUGAGUGAUGAUGAUGAUGAUGAUGAUGAUGAUGGCAGUGGCGAGGAGUCUGAAGGCAGCGAUGACGAUGAAGGCUCAGAGGACGACGAGACGGGAGACGAGCAGGAGGCUGUCCGCACGUUUUCUAAAGACCAGCUGGACGAGGAGGUAGAGAAAGGCAGGGCGGUGAGGAACCAGCUGGCCCUCUGGGACCAGCUGCUCGAGGGCCGCAUCAGACUCCAGAAGGCCCUGGUGACGGCCAACCAGCUGCCCCAGCCGCCCGCUUUCGCCGAGUUCAAGAGGCGAGGCGGAGCCGAGUACGCCGGGGCCCUGAAGAACAGCCACAAGGCCCUGAAAGCUCUCCAGAGGUCCCUGCUGGAGCUGCACGACCAGCUGCUGUACCAGAGCCCGGACACGCGCUCCAUCGCUGCGGGGGGGCCCGCCGCCGGGAGCGAGGGGCAGGACGGGAUCAGCGACGGCGAGGAGCAGGAGACGUCCGCGCCCAAGAGGAAACUGGAGCUGGCGGAGUACCCCGACUUCAUGGCUAAACGUUUUGCAGCUUUCUCGCCGUACCGCAACGCCACGCUGCAGAAGUGGCACGACAAAACCCGCCUGGCCACGGGCAAAAGCGGCAGGGGGUUCGGAGCGUUCGACAGGAACAUUCUGACCCAGGUGGAGCAGGUGCUGAUGGACAGAGAGAGGCUGCUGCGGCGCACUCAGACCCGCCGCUCCGAGUACCGAGUCCUGGGCAAGAAGGAGGGCUCCGCUGUGGCCCCGCAGGACGUCCCGGCGGAGGGAGAGGACGACGCGCAUCCCCUGAAGGCAAACGCGCACCUCAAAGACCUGGACGAGGACAUCUUCGACGACGACGACUUCUACCACCAGCUCCUGAGGGAGCUCAUAGAGCGCAAGACCAGCGUGGCGGACCCCAACGACCAGGUGGCCAUGGGCAGGCAGUGGCUGGCCAUCCAGAAGCUGCGCAGCAAGAUCAAGAAGAAGGUGGACACCAAGGCCAGCAAGGGCCGCAAAGUCAGGUUCCACGUCCACAGCAAGCUGGUGGGCUUCAUGGCGCCCGUGGACCACAGCUCCAUGAGCGACGAGGCCCGCAGCGAGCUGUACCGCGGCCUCUUCGGCCACAGCGCCGCCGUCAGAGAGUGACGCGUCAGGAGUGGGGAAAUGACCUGCAGAACGCUCUCAGAGCAGCGGGCGGUUCUGGUGCUGUUGGGAAGUUCUCCAAGGACAGGCCAAGAUCUUUAUACAGUUUAGAGCACGAAAUAAGAGGA